CGUAUAUUUCAAUAUCUGACAUCAAAAUUACACAAUCUGAUCUUGAUAUUUUGCAACAUGCUUUGUCUCAAGACUAUAAGUACAUCAUUGACUCAUUCAAUGUAAUUCAAGCAUAUAAUGUUUUAGGCGCAUGCGCAAAACCUUUCGAAGCAGAUUUCCAUGUAAAUAUUUCCACAAUUGAUGAUGCCAAAACAUGGCUUGAAAAGUUUUCUGAUUUACAUAAAGGACACAUUAUUAAAGGUGUUCGAUAUCUUUUUUCAAAACGUCUUCAUUGUAUUCAUGGCCAUGCAGUAAAAUUAAAACAAGGACAAGAAAAAAACAAUGUCGACAAUGAAAUAAGUGAAAAUACUGAAAUUGAAGAGAAAAAAAAGGCUAAAGUUAGUGCACAUACACGAGAUACUAAUUGCCUAGCAAAACUCAGCAUAAAAGUUCAAAAUAAAUAUUGUACUUAUCCAUGUAUAAUUUCACUGCUAUUUCACCAUAAUCAUCCUCUUGCACCAGGUCAUACUACAAGUUUCCGCCCUAUAUCUAAUAAUAUAAAAGAAACAUUUUUUAGUCUCUUUAAUUCUGAACAUACCCCCAUUAGCGCGUAUAAUACAUAUAUAGAAGAGAUUCAACUAAAACAUGACAAUGAUGAAGUAGUACUGGCUGAUAGGGCAAUUUGUCCAUAUAAACAUAACAUUUAUAACCUUCAUCGAAAGUUUCUUAAUGAAUCUAUUGGUGCAUGGAAUAAAAAAGAAAUGUUUUCUCGUUUAGCUGAAGAGGUUUCAGAUUUUAAUACCCAUAUGAAAGAAAAUGCAUGGAUGCAACCAUAUAUUGCAUCAGUGAAUGGUGAUCCUGGACAACCUUUUAUAUUAGUAGUUAUAACAAACCUUAUGAAGUGCUGUCAUUCGUUGCAACAAGCCAAAGAAUUAGUUUAUAUAGAUGCUACAGUCGGUCUUGACACUCUCAAUACUCCUUUGACUAUUAUCUCAACAAGUACUCCUAUUGGUGGCUUACCUCUUGCUGCAAUAUUAACAUCAGAUGAAACCACAAUCACAUUUACAAAAGCUCUGGAUAUGCUAAAGCAUAUAAUGCCAUCAACUGUAUUUGGUGGAUGUGGACCUCUUGUUGGACCUCAAGUCAUUAUGACCAAUGAUUCCACUGCGGAAAGAAAAGCGUUGCAGUGUACUUGGGAAAAGGCAACCUUGUUGUAA